CAGAUUAAAUCCCUCUGGCAGACACUGGGAAGAUUUUAGUUAUUUAGAGAAAAACUUGUGCAAGGUUUGGAUUUCCUAUUUGUGCAAUAGAGGCCUUUUCAGCCAAGGGUAGAAGAAGCCCAGAUUCGUGGAUUACUCGUGAAGGAAUCUUGAUAUCGAAGCAAAUGGCAAGCCAAAUAAAUCAACGAGGGAUUCUUGGCGCUUCCGGAGAGAGAGCAUAAUCUCCGGUCUGGCUGUACUUUCCCCCAGUGCUGUUCCUCUGGCUGGUAAACGAUGAUGGGCUGGCCUGAAAAAAACAAAAGUCAAGGCUGUUUUCCGGGGAUGGACCUGAGGAAAGAGAUCUCAUGAAGCUGAUUGUCACCGGGAGGUUGCAUAAGGGAGAGCAAUGACAUCAAAGGGGCUGUGAAGCAACUGUGUCUCUGGAAGCAGAGAGAGAGAGAGAGAGAGAGAGUCCUCUUUGAGAAUAACUCCAGACAAUACUCCAGGCAGCCACUGCUUUCUUUGGAAAGGACCACACGACCCUUGGAGCUCAGCCUUGAAAGGUGAUCUUCAUGGCUAAUCAAACGGACUACACCGAAGCCCUGCACAAAAACCCGGGGGUCUUUCAGAGGUUCCCGUUGAGGCUGGUCCAUGGGAUCCCUCUGAUGGAACCCAUUGCUCAACAAUGGGCUCCUGUUGAAAAUUUCCAAGCGCGACCAGAUGACUUGCUCAUAUCAACUUACCCCAAAGCAGGUACCACAUGGGUUCAAGAGAUUGUUGACCUGAUCCGUGCCUGCGGCGAUGUGGAAAAAGCUCAGCGAGCCCCCACGUACAUCCGGAUCCCAUUUCUAGAAAUCUGCUCUCCACCCCCUGUGCCUUCAGGUGAGCAGAGAGAGCCCAGGCACCCAGCUCCACUUGUACAACCCCACAGGUGCUGGACUAAUUAUUUUAUCCCCUUCUCUGAUUCUUCCUUAGGGGUUGAUAUGCUGGUAGAUGCCCCGUCUCCUCGUGUGAUCAAAACCCACCUGCCCUUCCAGCUUGUUCCUAAAAGUUUUUGGGAGAAGAAUUGCAAAGUGAUCUAUGUUGCCCGAAAUGCCAAGGACAACCUAGUCUCCUAUUUCUUCUUUGACCAGUUCAAUUUGACACAGCCAGAACCAGGGCCAUGGGAUGCUUACGUUAAGAAAUUCAUGGAGGGCAAAGUUGCCUGGGGCUCUUGGUAUGACCAUGUCCGGCGUUACUGGGAUGAGAGAGGAAAUCAUCGUAUCCUGUAUCUCUUCUAUGAGGACAUGAAAGAGGACUUGGCCCGUGAAGUCCACCGUGUGAAGGAUUUCCUGGAGGUUGACCUGCCUGAGGACAUUGUUGAGAAGAUUGUCCAUCACACAUCAUUCCAGACCAUGAAGAACAAUCCAAUGGCGAAUUACGAGACCAUACCCAGCAACAUCUUUGACAAGACAAAAGGCAAUUUUAUGAGGAAAGGUGAAGUUGGCGACUGGAAGAAUUAUUUCACCGUGGCUCAGAGGGAGGAGUUUGAUGCAGAUUACCAGCGGAAGAUGGAAGGAACAACCCUGCAUUUCCGGGAUAUAUUAUAGACUCAGAAAUUGGGCCCCCUUGGGAAUUUUUCUGUCGAGGCACACCACAUCUUUUUAUAAUAAGUGUAGGCACUGUUGACAAUGUUGUGGAUGCUGUGUGCAUGACUGCAUGUGUAAUCAGUCCUGAGAUGAGUUGUUGGACCCCAUAACCCAUCAGCCCCAGCCAGCAUAACCAAUGGUCAAAAAUUAUCAUAGCUCAGUAACAAAUGGAGGGCCAUAGGUUCCACAUCCCUGUGCUAGUGGGACUGUAGUCCCUCCUACUCCAUUACAGCCAACAACGUUGAAAGCAGGGUAGGCCUCUAUAAAGGAGAAGGGUUGCCUGAAGCUGAACUUUUGCCUUGGGUCAGAACCCUAACACUGCUCGGGCCAUCCCUGGAAACAGAAAAGGGACAUGCCCCCAGUACCUUCCGCUGCAUCACAUGCAAGAUAACGCCACAGUGCCUGCACUCCAUCAGCCCAAUGGCAGAGGCAAGGGGGAUGGAGAAGACAGAUAUGCAUAUCUUUUACGCUACCCUUGGCUCCUUUGGGAGGAAGGUGGGAUAUACAUUCAAUAAAUGAAUAAAUAUUAGGGGCAGAUCUCAAGUUCUGCCAGAGUAGUGGGGCUUCCAUCAAAUCCUAAAGCCCUAGACAGGGAUGGAAGGAUCUGUCAAUUUCGGCUCUUUCCAUUUCUCAUUUUUUCCUCUCUCAGUUCAGUUCAGUUGUCCACAUUUCCACAGCAAUUUGCAAUUUGUAAAACAAAACAGUUCCUCAUGAAAAUUCAUCGGAAUGUAGUGUGAAACUUUCCUAAUGAUCACAUUUUAUGCAGUUUUGACUAAUGCAUGCAUUUUUGCAAGCAAUUUCUCCUAAUAUCAUGCAUUUUUGGUUGUUAUUUUCACAAGUACAUUCUGAUGCAUACUUUCCCCUAAUAGGGGCAUUUUAUAAUCACUAUUUGGUUGCAGAGGUACAUUGCAAAAUUCAGAAAAGUGCACAUUUCGAAGGAUGGCUGUGUUUCCGUUCUCAUAUUGUUUCAGAAAGUGUGACUUUGAGAGAUUUGCCUUUAAAUGCAAACUGAAUCAAAUUUCUCCCUCAUCCCUCGCCCUAGAACCUGUAGCUUUUGUCUUGAGUAUAGGAUUGCACCCUAAAUUUCUUUACAGGACCUGUUCCAAUGCCUUUCAGAGCAGCCUGGUCUGCAGACAUUAUUCACUUGCUAAUUUCUGAAGAUCAAGCUGCUGUUAAAGGGACAGGAGCAAUUUAAGCUGGGAUGUUUUUUCUCGUUGAUUGCCAACCCUAAACAUAGUGCAAAGGGGAAAGAAAAAGAAGAAGAAGAAUAUAGACAAUUCCAGAUCUAAACUUGUUGCUGUCGAAUCUCAGUAUGAUUUGCAAACUGACAUCAGACUCUUCUUUACCUUAGACAAUCCAAAUGUAUAAACAAAAAAGAAUCAGUCAGUCAGUAAGGUUAUCAGAUCUUCAUAUUAAAAUACAUAAAACACAAUAAACUUCAGCUACUGUAACAAGCAGAAUUUCAACCAUAAGCUUGGUAGUAACAGCCAGCAAACUCCUGGGUAAAUAGGUGGAUCUCUAGCAGCUGCCAAAAUUUCAUUAAAGUUGCACCCUGCUGUAAAGUUAUACACUGGCCGUUUUUGGACAUAUUGCUAAACAAUGGCUGCUUAGCGCAACAUGAAUGAGCCUGGCCUCCUUCUGGGUUCACACAUUCCCCCCUCCCUUCUCUUCCUCUAGCAUGGCAAGGAAGAGGCUUUCAGACACUUUCUUUUCCUAUUUUGUAUUAACUAUGGCUUCUUGUUUUGUCUGAACAGGGGAUUGCGAUGUAAUGUUAACUCUGGCCAGUUUCAAAACAAGGUGUUUUCAAACUUUUUUACGCUAACCAUGAUUAGUGUUAACCAUGAUCUCCAGUUCAGAAGAAAUAAGUAGCUGCAGUUAACAAAAACCUAAAGGAAAAUCUUCCAAAAGUCUCCUCUAGGCCAUGCAGGAGGAGGAAGGAGGAGGAUGUGAGCCCAGGAAUCUAGGCCUAUUCACGUAUUCUCUAAGCCAUUCUUCAGCAUUGUGUCCAAAUGUAGUCAUACACAUCCAGUUUUACAGGAUAAAAGGAAAGUGAACACAAUUAUGAUACACAACCAAGACAUGUUCUUUAAAGUUCCAGUAGUAUUCAGUAGUAUGGAUUUUUCCCCUUAAAAUGCACUGUGAAGCCUGAAAUAUCACCUUACCCCUUAUAUACCUAGUCAUUCACUGAGCUCUGCAGGUGAGGGCCUCCUGCAGAUACCACCUCAUCAGGAGGCCUGUUCUGCACAACAUAGGAAGCAAACCUUUAGUGUUGUGGCACCUGCCCUUUGGAAUUCCCUCCCCUUAAAUAUUAGAAAGGUGCCUGACGUCUUUUCAGUGCCUACUGAAGGUCUUCCUCUUUCAACAAGCCUUUUAAGGAGAGACCUUAUCCCAGUCUGCAUCUGUGUUUGCAUGUGCCUUCUGGUAAGUGGCAGCACUGCUGCAAGGCUAUUGUUGCAAGUGCCCCUCAUCAGACGAUCACAUUCUGAUCACAUUAUUAUCUGUCCGUUUCAGGAACUAUUGCAGUUCAUAUGUUAUGGCCCUGAUCUCUCUCUCUCUCUCUCUCUCUCACACACACACACACACACACACACACACACACACACACACACAGAGAUUUUUUAAAAACCUCCUAAUGUAUUUAACAGAGCUUGGAAAAGUUACUUUUUUAAACUACAACUCCCAUCAGCCCCAGCCAGCAUGGCCACUGGAUUGGGCUGAUGGGAGUUGUGGUUCAAAAAAGUAACUUUUCCAAGCUCUGGUAUUCCCUCCCCUUGUUAUCCCAGAGACCAGAUGUUCAUUUUCAACGGUGGAUAUACUGCCACACGGAGGCACCGUUUCCCCAAAUUAUUUCUAGCAGCUCCUGAAUAGCAGCCAAUACAUCACAAUGGAUCGGACUGAGUAAUUUGACCAAGUUCAUACAAUACGUCUGUGGCAGAUUAAGGGCUCGUCCAUACGACUGUAUAAUCUGUAAUGUAAUUGCUUUAUGUCCUCAUUAAUUCACCGUCAUCGAUAUGACGUUGCAGACUAGUAGUAUUAGAAAUAAUCCCGAAAAACCGAUAAGCUUUCCUAAACUGAUAAUCAGUCGCAUUAACGUCCGUGGGCUUGGAUGCAAUGCUGUGGACUGCUGUGGACUUUCCUGCAAUAGGCAGUCCAUAGGCGUUCCUCCGUCAUAUGCCAAGACCCUUCUCCUUCCCCCCACCCUCUGCCCACACCUUCUCCUUCUUCCUUACAGUACUUCCUCCUUCCGGCUUCUGUAACUGUAUCGCAUUGGUUUUUAAACAAAAUCUAUUUUGUGGUCAAAAGUAAAAUCAAAUGUUUAAUGAAUAA